GUCACACUGUUGUCACUCAUGGCGUCUGCCUUUUGCUGCCGGAUUUUUGUUUUUCGUUUUGUUACCUACAAUUUUCACCGGUUUGCCUAAUUUUUUCACUUUUGGGAGCCUAAGAUGGGCUCAUCCAAGAAGCACAAAAAAAACAAGUCGGAGCGGCGUGAGAAAUAUGAAGAAUACAGUCAGCACCAGGAUCCGGCUCAGCUGCAGCGAGGACUAAAGCUAAUCCUAAAGGUGGGAUCGAAUGCCACACCAGAGUACAGUGCCAAUUCGCCAAUGGUUGACGGAGGACCGCCUACAGCUGCCGAGGCCAUGAUGUCUCCCGUUCCCGAAGAACUCCAGGAUCAUCAGGGUCAUCGCGAACGUCACAAGAAGUCAAAGAAAAAGAAGAAGAAGAAGGAUCGUGAGAAGAAGCACAAGCAUCACAAGGAGAAGCGUCACAGGAGCAGAGAUCGCCAUCGGGAUGCAGGAUCGGACGACGAUAUGAUGCCGAGUGCUGACGAUGCCGCCUGCAGUGGUUUUGCCCCACCCUCGGUAGCUCCACCAACCGUCGAUCCGGAUUCCAGUCAGGAUGGAUUCAGCUUCAUGGACGAUGAUCAGUCGCAGCCGCUACCGGAGAACAUCCUCUUUUUUGCGGGUAUUACCACGGAUAAUUCCCCAUCCAACUGUCCUGUGACCAAACCAAUAGCACCGCGCAAGCUGGACGAUAUCCUGAUGGGUUCCUCGCCUAAUUCAUCUUCGCUGCAAUCUUCUUCCCUGGGUUUGGUGGGAAGUAGUCCCACUAAACCACUACCUGACCUCUUGAUUCCUUCACCCUCAACUCCAGGAGGAGCGAACUCCCUAAAUGCCCUUACACCCAAGGGUCUGGAGGCACCAAAGACCCCCAGCAGUUCUAGUGAAUCGGGAAGAGAGCCCCGAAGUUGUGUCCUUAAACUAAAGCAACAAAAAUCACCAUUGAACAAACUGCUGGAGCAUCUGCUGCGCUUCCUGGAGAAGCGGGAUCCCCACCAGUUCUUCGCCUGGCCGGUGACCGAUGAUAUGGCGCCCGGUUACUCCUCAAUAAUCAGCAGGCCCAUGGACUUUUCAACCAUGCGUCAGAAGAUCGAUGACCACGAGUAUGCCGCCUUAACAGAGUUCAGUGAUGACUUUAAACUGAUGUGUGAGAAUGCAAUCAAAUACAACCAUGUGGAUACUGUUUAUAACAAGGCGGCAAAACGUCUGCUCCAAGUCGGAAUGAAGCACCUACAGCCGGAGAACUUGAUGAGGAGCUUGAAACCACUCUCAGGUUAUAUGAGGGAGCUUACUGCCAAGGAACUUGGAUUUGAAUUGAGUUCUAAUGAUUUGUCACGAGAAGCUCAUGAUUCGGCGGACGAAGGAGCUUCAACGGGAGCUGAGGAGCCGCCCACUCCAGCCCAACUCGAAGAAGAGGAACGCAAGCGUGCUUUGCGCCUAGAGAAUGCGCCUAAAACACAUUUCGAGCCCUACGUAGACGAUUUAACGGGUGAAGAGAUCCUAGCCCAAGUACAAAAUGCCGCCCAACAGGCCAAGCAGAGGGUUAAUGCCAAGAAAAAUGCCCACAAGAUGGGUUUCCUGCGUCAAACGAAGGAUGGCACUACCACACUAAAUCUGUUGACCAAAGAUGAAAACGAGGGUCCUGAACGGGUAGUAACUAUUGGCGAUCUGGUGGGCAAACUGCAAACGGGAAGCACACAACUGCAGGCGCGACAGAUGGAUAAGAGGAAUGCCAUGAAGAUAGUGAAGCCCCUAAGCUAUGGAGCCUUUGCUAGCUUUGCGCCGACUUUUGAUUCCCGCUUCUCCACUUUAAGUGCUGAGGAAACUCAAUUGGUUUUGCAUACAUAUGGAGAUGCUUCAAGUGCGGAAUACGCCGAAAGCAUUCUACAAUUCACCAAGGACUCUAGCUAUGGGACCACUAUUGCAAACGGUUUAUUGGAUAUUCUUACUAACGGAGAACAUAGCAAAUCGCUAGAUGAACUUUACAACAUGCAACUGCAUUCGUAUGAGCAACGUGAGAUUGGAAAGUGCUUUGAGCAGGAGGAGGAAACAACUCAACAGCAGGAAACCGCCGAGCAAAUCGAGCAAGAGUAUGAGAAAUAUAAAAAUACUCAUGUGGACUUCAAGCGAUUGCAAUCUCUCGGGGAUCUUGGGAUCGAUGUGAGCUUCUUGGACAGCAUGGAGACGGAAAUAAAGAAUUUCGAGCUCAACCGGCGAAUGCACGAGCAUCUUAGUCAAAACUUGACGUUAAUUGAGAAGCUGCGAGUAACUCAGCAUGAUCGUUUAUCGCAGCCUCUGCCGAAUCACCAUGGACUAGUGCAGCCCGCUGGACAGGAGGAGACUCAAACCGCCCAACAAUUGACGCAGCAGAUAAGUGAUCUGGCCAAGAAGCUGCCACCUUCUGCCAUUGCUGAUCCCUAUGCCUUGCGAAAGGCCAUGGGCAUGUCCUAUGCUGGUCUACCGCCACCUCCAGCUGUUUCCCCACGUGUCCAGCUGCCUGAGCUGCUACAACAGCCGGUGGCCCUGCCCCAAUUGCAACCGGUGGCCAUGGAGAUCGACGAGACGGAUGAGCAGCACGGCGGUGGCGAUUUGGAAAACGAGCUGCGUGAGUUCCUCGAAAGCGGAUCCGGCCUGCACUCUGCUAACCCAGCAGAUGACAACAGCAUUGUCGCCCAGCUGCUGCUCAAUUAGGGGAUCGGGAUAUCUCCAUGACGCGCGCUAUGUUUAUAAUGUAAGAUAAUGCAAUUUCUCUAAAUUAUUUUCAUAUAACCAAUGGCAGUUUCAUUCUAAAUAAAAUUUAAGCUAAU